AUGGGCGGCAGGAUGGUGUCAGGGCUCCCGACUGCGAUGGCUGUGGUCCUGCUGCUGCUGCUGCUGCAAGGCACACAGUCAGUCUACAUCAAGUACCAAGGCUUCCAGGUCCAGUUAGAAUCGGUGAAAAAGCUAAGUGACCUGGAGGGGCAGCAGGUGCCCAGCCUCCGCCUGCAGGCCCAGAGCCUCCCAUCCUCUGUAUGCCAAAACCCAGCUCUGCCUUCGGACCUCCAGCCUGUCUGUGCCUCUAAGGAAGCGGCCAGCAUCUUCAGGGCCUUGCAGACCAUCGCUAACGAUGACUGUGAGCUGUGUGUGAACGUGGCUUGUACUGGCUGCCUCUGA